AUGAGCGCAAGCAUCGCGUGCCAGGAGCAUCGUCGCCAGGACCAUACAUCCAUCCCACUCCAGCAUAAUAUGAACAAAAGCUUAUGCGUCGUCUUCUUGCCUCGAGUCGAGCUUCACUUGGAUUGCGCAUCAUCGCAUAUACGUUUGAGCAUCAAAGCAGAUGAACACCAUGCCGCGUCAACGCCACUCAAUGCCGGCAUUCGCACCACACAAAUCGACGCACGACGUGUCCAUCAUGGCCUUCGCGACGAACGACCCGAUGAAGCCCGACCAACGAUACGACGCCUUACGCAACACCGACGAUCACUCUGAUUCGAGUACGGAGGUCGACGAUUGGGAUACAGAAGACGCAGUCCGACCAAGACGAAGAAACAAGACAGUGUGGAAGAGGCUGAAGGGCUACAGAUGGAUACUAGACACGGCGCUUCUCUUUGUCAUUGUAGGGUUGCUGGUGGAGAAAAGAUGGCAGAAACAUGCAAAAAGCCAUGAAUUCGAGCUCGCGGGAGACAUCACAGGAUUCGCGCCAACAUUCUCGCAGCAGAUUGUGAGCUUCAAGCCCGAUUCCGUGUUCGCCCCAGAAGAUGCGGCAGAGUUCUGGAGUAACGAGACACAACAUGCAUGGUUGAGCAUCGUACCAGAGGGCCUGGGCUACGUCAACGUGAAGAACCCCUCUGAAUACUCAAACCUCCCGCACCCGAUACACGAUUACCCCAAUCACACCGUCUUCACAACAUCCGUAACGCAUCAGCUACAUUGCCUCUAUACUAUACUGGGCGCAUACAACUCCAUGAAGCUCAUGGUCGCGUCACCUGCGUCGGCAAAUCCCGUCAAAAUGCCAUGGCACAUCAACCACUGCUUCGAAUACAUCAGGCAGGCGGUAAUGUGCGCUGGAGAUGUUGCACUGGAAGGAGCUGCGACAAGCUUCCCAGGCGACGAACAUGGAGAGGAUCGAGGUGGAAGUGACGGCUGGGAUGCGAAGCACGUAUGCAAAGACUACGGGCAGGUAUAUGAGUACCUAGAGAAGGAAACGAUUAAUCACAUGAAGUGGAUCUCAUCGGAUUAGUGAUCCACGCUGCACCCUCGGAGACAGCAUGUGAAGUGGAGUCUGCCUCGUGCAGCGGGCCGU